AUGCAAGAGGCUUUUCUACUGUCGCUGGCAAUCCUCUUCAUUCAAACUCUACACUACGACGUUCACGUCAUCCCCGUUCUGCUGCAUGGAAGUAAGUCAUGGUCAGAAAACUCGACGCUGCAGAUCAUGUUUGAGCAGGAUCCUUCGUCUACCCUAUCGUUGGCAUAUCAAACAUCGAGGUCAGAAAGAGAACACAGCAGCCUCCAGUCUCCACAAUUAUUGUUAGAUGUCGCCUCACCCUAUUUGGCCACAUGGUUUCGGAGGACCACCAUAGAGUUAUAUAAGCUGCGAUGGAUCGACCUACAGCCGGUUGGACUCGACCGCAUGGCCGCCUGA